AUGAGCAAUAUUCCAACGGAACAGGUCAUUAUUCUUUCAGAAGAGAAAUUUUACGAACAUGUGCGAGUACAAUAUGGAGAAAAAGUCGAAAAAAUCUUACGAUAUCAUGAUACCGAUGAUUAUGUAGUAUUGCAUCGAAUUAAUGAACGACAACUCUUGGAUAUAUUCGAAAAGUCAAACGACGAAAAUGAUCUUCCUGAAUUAAUCGAUCUAAAAAAAGAAGUGUGCAACAUAUUGGAUGGCAAAUUUACGUUGAAAAUCGGCACAAAAAACAAAAUUAUCGCGUUAUUGAAAUCAAGUCGAGAUAUCGUUAAGAAAAACAGACGUCAAUUAACAAACCAAGCAAAAUUAGAUCGUUUAAAUAAUUAUCUAUCGUCGUCAUUAUCUAUUGAUAGUAACUUAAGUGAUGCUCAAAUGGAUAUGGAGAAAUGCGCAGCAACGAUCGAAAAUUCGAUAGAGAAAAUAUUGGCGAAUAUGAAGAACAAUGUUCAUGGUGAUGUUUCUACUCAUGUAACGGCAAAUGAUUUUGAGGUGAUAAUCGAGACGAAAGACGAUCAACCAAUGCCAAAUUGUUACAUCCAAUGUGUUUGUGGAGACCGGAGCAAUCUUCAGAAAAUGAAAACAACGUUUUACCGAAGCGAUAACAGUGAAGAUUUAGAUAAUUCAGCAUCAGCAACGAUAAAAAAGUCUUUUAGCCAGAAAGACAAAUCGAUUAAUGAAUCAAAUGGCAAUGCACAUCAUACAACGUCUUCUCAAACAACAACAAAUCGAAAUAAUAGUCAACGGAUUCCUCAUGUAAUGGCUACAGGUGGUGGAACACAAAGUAAUAUCUCAUACUCUUCAUCGUCAAAAUCGAAACAAGUUACUCAUUCCAACCAUUCGUCACAACCGAAGAAACGCAAGAUCAAUGAAGAUGACAGACAAAUUCGGUAUUAUUCAUCAAACAAUUCUAACAAGAAAAGGUCCGAACAAGAGAUUGUAUAUGACAGACUCAAGAAUGAAGGAAGUUUGUCCACAUUUUUGAAUACAAUUGAUCCGAAUAGACAUCGUUCACCUAAUAAUUAUCGAUAUGCGCCUUCGGUCAUACGAUUCGCAGUUUGCUUUUUUAUAUUGGCGGGCAUCUAUGUGUAUGAAUUUGUUCGCAGUAAUUUAAAAUUCUUACUACCUUCAAUUUCUACUAUCAAGAAAUUUUAUGCGGAAAAUCCUUACUCAGAGGCUAAAUUUAGGUUCGACGAAUGCGCGAAAUACCUUGAAACGUAUCAAUGCCAAUACUUGUUCAUGUCUGAAGAUUGCUCAGCAAUAAUACCCCGUAUAGAAUACGAUGCACAAUUCAAUUCGUUUAAUGGUUUCGUAACUCCUAUUCUGGAUGGCAUUCCAAUUGAAAACUCAUUUAGCUUCGACUCGUUCGAUCAUUUUAAACAUGCAGUUGACAUCACACCCCGUUCUAAUCUGGUCAAUGUUCACAUGGCACAACCGAUUCCAACAUCUAAUUCGCAUGUACCAGCAGCAACAGCUUUGUCUGCGUACGGCACAGACAACAAAAUAAAUUCCAUAGAUGUUUUGAAACGGUGGUUAUAUAUCUAUCAACAAUUUUAUGCAAAGUAUGUUCGGGUUAUUGGAUAUGCUACGGAUGGGGAUCCGAAGUAUUUGCGUGCUAUGCGCUUAGCAUCAAAUUUUUUCGUUAAAGCUCAAACACUCGAUAUUUACAAAGAGCAACUAUUAUUUACUAUAGACAUCCCUCUAAAAUGGACACGAUGGUAUUUUCUGCAACCGUCACAACUCUUCGUUUUUCUACAAGAUGCGAAUGAUACUCUUCCAAAGUCAGUUGCUGACACAAUUCAUUUGUUCUCAUCUCAACACUGUGAAAAUGUGUUUCGGGACGCAAGGUCAUUAUCGGGAAUUUACUCUACUCGGAUAAAUUUCACUAUCAAACAAUUCCUCAAAAGAACAGACAAGAUCAAUGCCCUUACCGAACUCAAACAAUAUGAAUUGAACAAUCAACAUGACAAAAUUUCCUUUCCUGUUCACCACAAAAUCAGAAAACAUCUUCUCAAUACGGAAUCGAACAUUAACGAAACGAACAUUAACGAAACGAACAUGAAUUUUCAUUCGAACGCCAUCGAGGAGACGAUCUUCAGAGCCUACGAAGUGGCUAAAGAAAUGGCGCAGAACGUGAGGAUGGAUAUUGAUCUAAUCAGAAGUAACCUGUUUGAUAUUGAACAAUCGUCGCAAAUAGCAAAAAACCUGUUGAAAUCAAAUAUUUUGACUGAAGAAGAAACACUUGUUGUCGAUGACGACGACAGUGAUCAAGAUGAAGAGCGUGGUGUCCGUCGUGAGGACAACGCUGAGGAUGAUGCAGACGGAGAACCUGGUAUCAGCCGUGAGAAUGACGUCGAAGAAGAUGAAGAAGAUUACGACGAAUGCUGUGAUAUUGAACACGCAGACACAGAAAUUAAUGAUGAAGAAGAUGAGAUCAAUGUAUCAGACAGUGUUAUUGGUGGUCAUACUGCGUCAAAAUAUAAAUCAACAUCAACGUUUGAUAAUAUCCAAGCCGUGUCAUACCCAGGUGUAUAUCUGAAAUUUGCGCUUGAUCUAGAUUUCUGA